CAACGUAAUGGUUUGAUCAUUUGCGCGUAGUAAGAUGAGGAGAUCUUUGUUUGAUAUUGUUCGAGAUAUUAGUAAUGAACAGAGCUGAAUGCUUUAUAAAAUACAACCUCCCCGCAGAAAGGGAGGCGAAGAGUGCUGUGGAGAAAUUGCUGACCUUCGUUAAAUGGAAAAAGCACUGCAAAGUGUUGGAUGUGGGAUGUGCAACAGGCAACGUAACGCACGAUGUUCUUCGACCAAAGUUACCAGUAACCACAAGCAAAGUUAUCGGGAUCGAUAGGGACAGGACCGUAGUGGAAUAUGCCAAUGCUAAGUAUGGAGGAGGAAAAUUACGCUUUCAACACGUUGAUAUUGUCCACGACCGAAAUUUCGUGGAUUCUCACCUCAAUUAUUUUGACCACGUCGUUUCCUUCUCGUGCCUUCACUUUGUCCGUGAACAAGAGACAGCGCUAAAACAUAUUCAUAAAAUGCUGAGACCCGGAGGUGACUUCAGCUUUUCCUGUGUCACCUCCAGCAAUUUCUUCAAGGUCAUCGCUCAUAUGGCUCUAACGGACAAGUGGCGCCCUCACAUCGCUGACUACGAAAACUUCAUCUCGCCCUAUCAGUUCUCGCAGAACCCCCUAGGCGAACUAGAAGAUCUUCUGGUUAAAGCAGGAUUUCGCGUCACGAAUCUGACAAUUGAACCAAGAGGAGCGAAACUGUCACUCUCGUACUGGCCAGGGCACUUCAUCUCGCACAUUCCAAUGGAAAUUCCAGCAGAUCUUCAUCAAGAAUUCGGACUCUCAAUAUUGAAGACAAUCAGAGAGCUCAAUUUGUGUGGUUUCGAUGAAGACCACGUGGAGUACUUCGAUUGUUAUUUCGAUAGUGUCUUUAGUCACGUGAUAAAGCCAGAUUGAUUACUGCCACAACUUAUUUUUGGACUGUGAAAAAUUCAUUAA